AUGCGCGCAUUCAUCAUCGUAUCCGCCUUCUUCGCGGUCGCCUCAAUUGCCGCUCCUAAUGCAGAGCCUGAUGCCGCUCCAGACGGCAGUCUGUGCGCUGGGCCCAAGAAAUGCAUCAGCUGCUCUCUGAUUUGCCCCAAGGCAGAUAUCCUGGUGACGAGAGAUGAUCUGGCAUGCGGCAAGGCGGGCGUCCAUUGCCCUAAGGGACAGAAAUGGUGUGCCGGCCCAAAGAAAUGUGUCAGCUGCUCUCUUGCCUGCCCUCGCACUGACGAGGCCGAAGACGCUGGUCUCGUAGCAAGGGCGGAAGACGCUGCUCAGGCUUGUGACAAAGCUGGAGUCCACUGCCCAAAGGGGCAGAAGUGGUGCGCCGGUCCCAAGAAAUGUAUUAGCUGCUCUCUCAUCUGCCCUAAAGAAGAGAUUCUGGUAACACGAGCCGAUCAAGCUUGCGAUCAGGCUGGUGUUCACUGUCCUAAGGGCCAGAAAUGGUGCUCCGGUCCGAAGAAGUGUAUUAGCUGUUCGCUCGCCUGUCCUAAAUCUGAGGAGGUGGAGGAGUAA